UGGGAUGCUGCUGCUGCUGACCCGCUUGACUCGUACGAAAAACGCCAAUAAAAGAACUGUUCGCAAUCCAGGCUAGGCGCUCCAUACCGAGAGGAUGAGGCGACGCAGUCCGCUUCCAUCCAGCCGAUGCGCGCGUGGGAAUCGAUCCGGCGCGGAAGGGAGGCGAGGCGCGCGACGGCGCGAGGGGUCCGACUCGGGAGGAAGGCAAGGAUGCGGACAUCGAUGGGGCAGCGAUCCCCACUCGCCGCCUAUGAAUCCUGGCUCUGGAGGGAGGCGAGGAUGCAGUCAUCGAAGGGGCAGCGAUCCCCACUCGCCAUCGAUAAAUCCUGCUCUCGGACGGUGGCAUCAUGGGGCACUCUCAGACCGGUGCAGCCAUGGGGGCGGUCUCAACUGCCAGGGGAUGGAUCGUUGGCACUUGGCAGCAAGAAAGCAGAGAAACCAGAAACCCAGUCAUAGAUAGGAGGUCAGCAGGUGGCUAUAUAGAGACUUCGCUACUGUGGUCAUGCUGGGCAUCAGUUUGUCCUGUGAGUGGUGGAGAUGAUGGGAAGAGGGGUGACGAUGAUGGAUCGGCAGAGAAAAGGAUUCAGGAAUACUUCCCCAUGGCUUUUCUGCUGAAACUCAGUUUCUUCAUGGUAAAUUAUGGCUUGCUUAUCCACACAAGAUUCUCACUGAUCAACUCUUUUGCAUGCCCCCACAUUCAGCCUGCUCCUAUACAAUUCUAAUUUGGAAAUAAAAUGGGAGUCAUGCAUGGGUGGUUUUGGGAUUCAACUAAGGAUUUGUCAAGGCUUUCUGGUUUUGGUGUCACAUUAUCAAGUCCAUCCAACGAUCUACCUUUCAAACAAGAAGAGCAUUCACCAGGGGAGCUAUUAUUGUAUCUAUGUUCAAACCUGGAGUCGCCAGAGGUAAUAGGUUUGAUUUUCAAGUAUAAUUAAUAUACAUAGAACAUAAAUCUGUAGAAAAAGGAUAUCAUUUAUGGACCUGUAUCUUGUAUUUAGUCAAUCCUCACCAUAGUCUUUGACCUACCAUUCGUUAAAGGAUGUACAUGCAUGCAUAUAUAUACACUGAGUAUAAACAUAGGGAAUUCGCACUAAUAAAAUUGCUUCCCUCUAGAGUGGUGGAAAAUAAGCUCAUGUGCUAGAGAAAGCCGUCAAGUUAUGAUCUAGGGCUUGAGAAGGUAGUCAUUUCGUAUAUAUUAUCUUACCAGCAAUGCAGUCAUGUUUGUUAUUGUAGUAAAUAAUCAUUUUGAUAAAUAGCUUUUUUAUUGGCUUUAGUUAUCUAUGCUAUCUUCAAUUCAAGAGGAAGUUCUCUAUAGCAGUACAACUUUUGAAAUUUUGCAUCAUAAGCCACAACAUGAAAUGAAUUGCCAUAUUAACUUAAUUUAACAUGAAGAGUAUUUGGCUCCACAUAUUUCUAUCAAUUGAAAGUUGAAUAAAACUGUUGCUUAUUGAUUGAUUUGGUGCGACAUACAAGAGUAUAUAAGAGGGUACAAACUGACUUGGGGUAGGGGUACAAAACUGACUUGGACUAGAAGUCGUAUACCAUAAGGACUACUCUAACAUCCCCCCGCAGUAUCAACGGCAGGCUCGACGACGUUGAGACUGAAACAGAUAUCUUGAAACGACUUAGUAGGCAGUGCCUUGGUGAAAAUGUCAGCAAACUGAGCCGUAGAGGGAACAUGAAGCACCCGAACCUGACCAAGAGCAACCUUUUCACGAACAAUAUCAAUAUCAAUCUCAAUAUGCUUUGUGCGUCGGUGUUGACCUGGAUUGCCGGUCAUGUAGACUACUGAUAUGUUGUCACAGUAGACAAUAGUGACCUGCUUAAUAGGCCUGUGUAGCUCGGAGAGUAAUUGCCGAAUACAUAUUGUAUCUGCAACGGCAUGUGCCACAGCGCGAUACUCAGCCUCGGCCGACGAACGUGAGACUGUAACCUGUCUUUUCGAAGACCAAGAAAUCAAAUUGUUACCAAGAAAAACACAAAAACCGGAAGUGGACCUUCGAGUGUCAGGACAACCAGCCCAGUCUGCAUCAGAGUAUGCGGUAAGCGAGUUUGGAGAAGAAUUAUUGAGGUGGAGACCAUGAUUGACAGUUCCUUUUAGAUACCAAAGAAUGCGUUUAACAUGAUUAUAGUGAGGAACCCGGGGAUCAUGCAUAUAGAGCGUCGGAGGUGAGGGUGGCGUUGGGAGCAGUGCCGGCGGAUAUGAUGGUGAAGGCAGUAGGGCCGGUUGGGGAGUGUAGUAGGUGCCGCCGUCAGUGGAGUAGUGACCAGAAGGAGCAUACGUCGGGACGACGUGAGAGGCAUUGGCCGGCUGUGGUGAGGGUGGUGUCGGGAGCAGGGCCGGCUGAGGUGUGUAGUAGGCGCCGCUGUCGGUGGUGCAAUGACCAUAAAGAGCAUACGUCGGGGCGGCGUGAUAGGCAUUGGCCGGUUGUCGGGGGUUGAGAACCCCGGGAGCACCAGUAGGCGGUGUCGUGGUUCUAAGUCUGACAGUAGUGUAUGGGGGUAAGUAUGGAGAGGCAAGAUCUUAGCUAUGGAGAAGUUGUAAGCACGCAAGGUUUACGAGUUCAGGCCCUUCUCGGAGGAAGUAAUAGCCCUACGUCUCGGAGCCCAGAGGCGGUCGAUUGGAUUAUGCGUGUAUGAAUUACAGGGGUGCGAACCCUUGUCUCGGAGGAGGGGGGUUGCUUAUAUAGAGUGCGCCAGGACCCCAGCUAGCCCACGUUACAAAGGGUUCAAUGUACAUUAAGGCAGGGCGUUACUGGUAACACUAGUAAUAAAGUGCUAUGAUGACCAUAAAAGCUACUUAAUAACCGACCGUUAGCAUGCGGAGUGCCUUUAGGUCUCCUGACUGUUGAGUGGCUUGGUUUUGGUCGAGUGGUUGCUUCUUGGUCGAGUAUCUUUGAGUCUGUCGAGUGGAACACCUCCAAGUCGAUUGAAAGAUGAUUUCUUCUGGAGAUGUCCUUGGGUAGGUCAGUUUGGACAGGUCCAUGCCCCUACCCUAGGUACAUAGCUUCAUCAUUAGCCCCCGAAUGGAUCGAGGUUUGCGUGGGAAAGGCAUUGAGCACUUCUCCGACUCAUUUUUCAUGCCAUGAGCAUUUCUUGUUUCGGAUCAAUGAACCUGAGUGAUGGCAGCGACUUCCUUUCUAGUCGCCUUGAUCCAUUCUUAGGUUUUUGUCGAGUGAAUUUCUUUACUUGAAAGGCUCCGAGUGACGGUGCGGAGGAGACCUUUGGUCUGACAAGUUGUUUCGCUGCCCGCAGAUUUCGUGGGAUCCAAAUUUUUGGAAGCGCGCGGGACGGGGGAGGCCAUAGUAAUCGGAUGGGAUAGAGCGGAGCCGCCUCGAUCCCCACGCCACCUUUUUCACCAUGUAUCGCGCGCGCGAUUGUUACGGGAUUUGACAGAACCGCCCGGGCCUGCCAGUCAGCCACUCGGAAGCGGCCUCAUAUAAGGCGUUGGACUGGGGUCCCCCGAACAGUGCGUCCCCAUUAUCUCUUCUCCUCUUCACGCUCCUCUGCUGCGCUCACUCUCGCCCUCACGCCAUCGUUCCAUACGCGUCUCGCCGGCGACGAUGGGGAAGGAGAAGACGACGGCUCUGGAGCGGGCAAAGAAGGCGACGACGAGGUCGAAGGGGAAGGCGACCAGUCGGGGCGGAUCCUCCUCGCGAACCAGCCUGCCGAAGGGCUGGAUCCAGGGCGACUGGAUCCACUCGAGGCUCACCCAAGAA